AUGAUCCCACGUUCUUCAGCCCUUGCGAUUGUUGUUCUGGGAUACGUGGCGGGUGCUCAGGCCGCUCCUACAGGUACGACAACCUACGCGGAAGCCCUACCGACGCCCACCCGUGAUGCUACCAGCUUCAAGGUGCCCAUCCAUGUGAACAAAGAGGCGCUGCACCCACGCAAUCAGCGCAUGACCAUGGAAGAGUUGGAUCAGUGGCUGAGUCGUGAGCAUGAGAUGCUGCGGAUUAAGUACACACAUCCUGACGACCGCAAUGCGUCUUGGCAUGAGAAGCGUCAGCAGGUAGGUCUUGGCGACUUUGGUACCGACAGCUACUACUUUGCGCCGAUCGGUAUUGGUACGCCGUUGGAGACGAUGAAUGUCGUCCUGGACACGGGCUCUGCGGACUUUUGGCUAGCAGAUGCACAGUGUGGCGUGCAGGACAACUGUGACACCGACAUGCCUAAAUACGACGCUUCGGUGAGCAAGACCUACCGAAGCAGCAACACGCCGUUCCAAGUGCAGUAUGGCUCUGGCGCUGUCCGCGGCACACUGGCUACUGAGUUUGUAUCAUUAGCUGGCUACAAUGUUUCUUCGGUGACGUUCGGUCAAGCGAGCCACCUGGCGCAAGGCACGAUCAAUGCUCCCGCCUCGGGUAUUAUGGGCAUGGGCUUUGACUCAUUGUCGACGACUGGUACUAUGCCAUUCUGGCAGAUCUUGGCCGAGCGCCAGAAACUGCAUGACUACGUGUUUACGUUCCAACUCCGGAACAACAUGGACAAUGUUAACCACAACAAUAUGGUGAACCCUGGUGGUGUAUUUACGCUGGGUGUGUUGGACUCGCAGCAGUAUUCGGGCGACAUUACAUGGACGCCUUUGUCCAAAGGCUUUGGUCCCAACGGCCUUGGCUAUUGGGCAUUGGAUAUCCAGGAGAUGCGUGUGAACAACCAGGUCGUGCAGCUGGACCAGUACAAUGUGGCGGCGAUCGACACGGGUACGACGUUGAUUGGUGGUCCACCGAAGGUGGUCCAGGAAAUUUACCGCAUGAUCCCUGGCGCACGUCCGUACCAGGGCAACAGCUACUUUACCAUUCCCUGCAGUGGCGACUUUACGGUGGACUUGACGUUUGGCGGUAGGAAGUGGUCAUUAAAGAGCUCGGAUUUGAUCAUUGCACCUGUGUCUUCGUCACAAUGCCUUAGUGCCAUCUUUGUGAGCCCCACAGGCUCGCCACGUAUGCCGACGUGGAUCAUUGGUGACUCGUUCCUGAAGACCGUGUUCUCUGCGUUUGGCUCUGCCCCUGCCAACAUUGGCUUUGCCAACUUGCCGUCAGGUGGUGCCCAGGCCAUGUCGCUUACGUCGGUUGCGAUGAACAGCGGACGUGGUAGCGGCAAUGCUGCUUCGAGCUCUGACGGUCUUCCGCUAGGCGACGGUGGCCAAGGCGGUGGUGGUGGUGGCGAUGGUGGCGGCUUGUUCUCCUACAAUUCGCCACAGCAAAACACCGAUCAGUCGUGGAAGACAGCGUCGGUUGAUGUCCCCAACAAUAUCCAGCCUUUAAGUGCCGAAGUCAGUGGCGGUGACGGGAGUAUGUUUGGCAACGGCGUGUCGCGCGCAUGGCCAUCGAUCCCUGUGUAUGUGGGUAUGGCACUGGCUACGUUGGCGUGGCUUUUGUAA